ACGGCUUUCUCUUUACCUCUGUACUGCCGUGAGUAAUUUUUUUUUCAAGAUGAAACAGCUUUUUCCUGUCCCCUCUACUACAGAAGAAUGGGCUGCUAUUAAGCAAGGUUUUUUGAAGGCGUGGAAUUUCCCAAAUUGUCAUGGGGCACUUGAUGGAAAACGUGUCCUGAUACAGGCACCUCCUAAUUGUGGCUCACAAUUUUCCAACUACAAAGGAUUCCACAGUAUAAUUCUACUAGCAUUAGCUAGUUGGGAUUACACGUUUCUGUAUAUUGAUGUUGGAUGCAAUGGAAUAGUUUCCGAUGGAGGAGUACUACAGAACAGUGCGCUCUACGAAAAAUUAGAACGAUACACUUUAUUUGGUACAGAUGGAUGCAUUAUUGGGGAUGAUGCGUUUCCCUUGAAACCAUAUUUGAUGAAGCCAUUCAAAAUUCAUCCACUGACUACUGAGAAAAAGAUAUUCAACUACCGCCUAAGUAGAGCUAGACGAGUUGUAGAAAAUGCUUUCGUUAUUUUAACUAGCAGAUUUAGAAUCUUCACAAGAAAAAUUGAAUGCCAGUUAUCUACAACUGACAAAAUUGUGAAAGCAUCUUGUGCUUUGCACAACUGGCUCAUCAAAACAUCUGCAUCAUCUUAUCUAUCUCGGAGGUCUUUGGAUGAAGAAAAUAUUGAAACAGGUGAGAUUAUUCCUGGUCAGUGGAGAACAGAAAUAACUGAAUGAUUCAACAUUCAGAGUAUUUUUGGUUGAAACUGCAAAUCAUCAAAACUUGCCAAAUUGUACAGGAAUAAUCUUACCAGAUAUUUCAGUAAUGAAAGAGCUGUGCGAUGGCAAAAUGGUAAAGUGUAAUAAAUUGUCAAAAUUUAUUUAUAUUCCUUUUUUACUAUAUUCAUUAUAAUAAUUUUGUAAAAUGUUUUAUUGUUAUUAAGGAACCAGAA